UAAGUUCCAUAGACCGCAUAUAUUAGCUCUUUUCCCGGGUUGUGCCAUAGGACGUGGGUACUUGACUCAGGGAUUGUUAGAUACAAAGUGGUGCUGAUACACGGGUCUAAAAGGUAAACAUGUCUAAGGGACCAGCAGUUGGUAUUGAUUUGGGAACCACCUAUUCAUGUGUUGGUGUGUUCCAGCAUGGCAAAGUCGAAAUCAUUGCCAAUGACCAGGGCAAUAGGACCACUCCAAGUUAUGUAGCUUUUACUGACACUGAAAGGUUGAUAGGAGAUGCUGCCAAGAACCAAGUGGCAAUGAACCCCACUAAUACGGUGUUCGAUGCCAAAAGAUUGAUUGGGCGAAGAUUUGAUGAUUCAGUUGUGCAGUCUGAUAUGAAGCACUGGCCUUUCACAGUUGUUAGUGAUUCUGGCCGACCUAAAGUUCAAGUUGAAUACAAAGGAGAGACCAAAACUUUCUACCCUGAGGAAAUUUCUUCGAUGGUCCUAACAAAAAUGAAGGAAAUUGCCGAAGCUUAUCUGGGGAAAUCUGUUAACAAUGCAGUCAUCACUGUGCCAGCUUACUUCAAUGAUUCUCAGCGUCAAGCUACCAAGGAUGCAGGAACGAUUUCUGGUCUAAAUGUUCUACGUAUCAUUAAUGAGCCAACGGCUGCUGCCAUUGCUUAUGGCUUGGAUAAAAAGGUAGGAGCUGAGAGAAAUGUGCUCAUUUUUGACCUUGGUGGUGGCACUUUUGAUGUGUCUAUAUUGACCAUUGAAGAUGGCAUCUUUGAAGUGAAAUCCACUGCAGGCGAUACCCACUUGGGUGGAGAAGACUUUGACAAUCGUAUGGUCAACCACUUCAUUGCAGAGUUCAAGCGCAAGUACAAGAAGGACAUUAGUGACAACAAGAGAGCCGUUCGCCGUCUCCGCACCGCUUGUGAGAGAGCAAAGCGUACCCUAUCCUCUAGCACCCAGGCCAGUAUUGAAAUCGACUCCCUCUAUGAGGGCAUUGAUUUCUAUACCUCCAUUACCAGGGCUCGUUUUGAAGAGCUCAAUGCUGAUCUUUUCCGUGGUACCCUGGACCCAGUAGAGAAGUCUCUGCGUGAUGCCAAGCUGGAUAAGGCUCAGAUUCAUGAUAUUGUGCUUGUUGGGGGCUCAACUCGCAUUCCCAAAAUCCAAAAGCUUUUGCAGGACUUCUUCAAUGGAAAAGAGCUAAACAAGAGCAUCAACCCUGAUGAGGCUGUUGCAUAUGGAGCAGCUGUACAAGCUGCUAUCUUAUCUGGAGACAAGUCUGAAAAUGUUCAGGACCUCCUGCUCCUGGAUGUCACUCCCCUGUCACUUGGAAUUGAGACUGCUGGUGGUGUCAUGACUGCUCUAAUUAAACGUAAUACUACUAUUCCAACUAAGCAGACCCAGACUUUCACUACUUACUCGGACAACCAACCUGGUGUGCUCAUUCAGGUGUUUGAAGGGGAAAGAGCCAUGACUAAAGACAACAACCUGUUGGGCAAGUUUGAGUUGACUGGUAUUCCUCCAGCCCCCAGAGGUGUGCCUCAGAUUGAAGUAACAUUUGAUAUCGAUGCCAAUGGUAUACUGAAUGUGUCUGCAGUAGACAAGAGUACUGGCAAAGAGAACAAGAUCACAAUCACCAAUGACAAAGGUCGACUAAGCAAGGAAGACAUUGAACGUAUGGUCCAGGAGGCAGAAAAGUACAAGGCUGAGGAUGAUGUUCAGCGUGAGAAAGUGUCUUCUAAGAAUUCUUUGGAGUCUUACGCUUUCAACAUGAAGUCCACGGUGGAAGAUGAAAAACUAAAAGGCAAAAUAAGUGAUGAUGAUAAGCAGAAAAUUUUGGACAAGUGCAAUGAAAUAAUUAACUGGCUGGAUAAGAACCAGACUGCAGAAAAAGAGGAGUAUGAACACCAGCAAAAAGAGCUGGAGAAAGUGUGUAACCCAAUUAUCACAAAGAUGUACCAGAGUGCUGGAGGCAUGCCUGGAGGAAUGCCUGAAGGAAUGCCUGGUGGAUUCCCAGGAGCUGGGGCAUCUUCUGGAGGUGGAUCAUCUGGACCAACCAUUGAAGAAGUUGAUUAACUUAUUCCACUCUUACACCCUGACUACCUCUUACAUUUCAAAUUAAGAUUCUGUACAGACAUUCUGAAAUAGCUUCAUUCAUUUUGGUCUUUGUAGCAGGAGAGCAUUCUGCUGAAAACUGGAGGAAGAUCCAUUUUGGUAAUUUUGAAGAAUGUUUCAUGUAAUAACUGCACUUUCUAAUGUAUUUUAAGAAACAUUUAACAGUUAAUGACUUAACAUGGCACUUGUUUUCUUCCUGUUCCAAUGACUUUAUAAUAAAAGCAUAUUGACUAAAUA